UCUAUUACUCGACUUCUGAUGCUUCGUGCUGUGUUCUUCUGCUGCAUUUUUUCUCAUUCCCGCGAAAAUAUUUCUCUGCUUAAUCUCUCUGCUUUCUCCUUCUUACUUCCCAGUAUAAAUUAUGACUGCUAGACAGUGCGAACCCUAAAGUUCUCUGGAUGUCUGAUUAAGUUCUUCGAGAUGUCAGGGGAUCCUGUGGAGACUGAAGUUCUUGGGGAUAUUAAUGGCUGCAGACCUAAGGAAAAUAAAAAUGAUCUUAUCCUGAGGCCAGUUUCUCAAGAUGAAUCUGGGGAGGGCUUGCCAUAUGCUCCUGAAAAUUGGCCCAAUCUUGGUGAUAACUGGAGUUGGAGGGUGGGAAGGAGGGUUGCUAUAACUGGUCAUUUUCAGGAUAGAUACCUUUAUUCUCCUCGUGGAAUUGGUGUUUCCGGGAACUCAUCUCGUAGAGGGCAUGGUUUUGCAAGCAGGCUUUCAGUUGAAAGAUAUAUCCAGUCUGAGUUCCCUGAUGCGGACGUUGAUGCAUUUUUUGCCUCAUUCAGCUGGAAGAUACCAGCAAAGAAGUCUUCUUUAGCACAAGGUCAUCGAAUAAAACAAAUUUCAUGCCCUUUGCCCUCAAAAGAGACGGAAGAAUGCUCAGCAUCUGAUUCCCAGAUUGAUAGGGUGGUUUGCAAGGCGGGAAAUAAAAACUGUAAUAGUUUAUCUGUUGCAGAAACUCCAUCUUUAUUAAAAUCAAUGUCCUGUGAUAUUUGCUGCAGUGAACCUCAGUUUUGCCGUGAUUGCUGCUGUAUACUUUGCAGCAAGACUAUAGACACGACCAUGGAAAGUUGUAGCUACAUAAAGUGUAAAGCAAUGGUGGGUGAUGGCUAUAUUUGUGGACAUCAUGCCCAUAUAAAAUGUGGUCUUAAAUCGUAUAUGGCUGGGACUGUUGGAGGAAUCAUUGGAUUGGAUGCUGAGUAUUAUUGUCGUCGUUGUGAUGCCAGAACGGAUUUGGUCUCACAUGUUGAAAGAUUUUUGCAGUUAUGUCAAUCAACCGACUGUCGUGAUGACAUUGGGGAGAUCUUAAGUCUUGGUUUAUGCAUUUUGCGUGGUUCUCGCAAAAUGAGAGCAAAGGAGUUGCUAAGACAUUUUAAAUUGAACAUUGCGAAGCUUAAAACUGGGACUUGCUUGGAAGAGGUUUGGAAGAUGGAGGAAGACAGCUCAGCCAAUUGCACUGAUGCACCUGAUAAUGCUGAUUCUACAGAAGGCUCUCAUGACAAUUCCGACUCCAUUAUCAGCUCAGAGUGGACUAUCUCCACUCCUUUUGAUCAUUGGAUUGAGUCCCUAAAACUUGAAAAUGAGAUUGAUCAGGUUCUGCAGGCACUGAAAAAAUCACAAGAGUUUGAGUAUAAUUUAGCAGAAGAAAAGCUUCUAUCACAUAAAAAUUAUCUACAUAAUCUCUUUCAGCAACUUGACAAGGAGCAAAUUGAACUUGGACAUCAAUCAUCGUCAACAGGACAAAAUGUUUUCCUGGAUAAUGUAACAAACAGAGUGGAUCAAAUAAAACGAGAAGUUAAAAGGCUCAAGAGAAUGGAAAAGGUUGCUGAUGGAUUUGGAAUGACUCCUAAAGAUAUCCUCAAGGAGGACUUCGAUUUGGAUGUUGAGUAGAUACACGGACGCCUUAGGCCGUUGUGAUGCCGCACAAAAGUUCACUGAACUCUGUUGGUUCUUUUAGCCUUAUGUGGGCUUUAAUAGUUUGUUAUUACUGUUUAUUAUUUGGCUUCACGAGGCUGUGUAUGAUAUCGAGAAGUCAUUUCUACUUCGCAAGUAGAUUUUACUUUAUGAGAAUAGCUGGAUUCAGUAAGCAAGAUACUGAAACUGUGCAGUUGUGGAGUUGCCGGAAAGAGUUUAGAUUAGAGAUAUUUUGGUGUCUUGUGUUCAACCCUCUGCAAUGAGUUUUCACGAUAAACUUCCUCGCCCCCGUUGGUUGCUUGACGGAUUUGGUUUUAGUGGCUUCUGUGGAGCUCAAUUGAGGAUCCUGUCUGUUUGGUUCAGGCUUCUUAUCACUACAUGCCGAAGAGGUACUUUCUUCUGAUAACAGUGCUAAAAUUAGAACAUAUUUGAGGCCCCCUAAAAAAAAAAGAAAAGUCGAUUCCAUUUAUUACAUAGAAAGGAGGCUUAGUGGAAUGUGGUGAAACCGCCAUUUUAUUUAUCAUCCUGAUGAUGAUGAUUUUGGGACCUACUGUUGACAGUUGACGUGUGAAUGACUUUCUUCUGUUCACGACAAAAAAGGCCACAGCGAUGCAGUCAUUCCACGUCCAAAAGUACUAUGAUGAAAGUUGGGAUCAACGCCUGAUUCAUAUGGUCAGCCACAUGGUACAACAAUAACUCUUUUGGGCUUUUGUUUGUCAUAUUGUAUAUAGAGACAAGCACAUAAAGCUCUCAUUUUUCUCUUGCAUUUAAUUUUAAUGACUGAAUAUAGAAUCUGUGUCAAUAUAAGACACUCAAAAUUCUCCAA